GACAAACUUCUACUUAAUACUUUAGACGAGUCUUCAGUCAGUCUUUAAGCUUGAUUCAAUCAACUUCAUUUCGCGUUGUGGUGUGAAAAGAUAAUUUAUAUCAAUAAUGACAUCUGUCAAAUUGUUCGUCCUUGUAGUUUAUGUCUUGGGAUACGCUAAUGUCCCAUCUUGUCUCGGUCUUGAACUCACACCGCCAGAGGAGAAAUCAUAUGUAAAUCGAAAUUUUGAGGAAUUCAUAUCUCGCAUUUUGCUUUCGGAAUACAAAGAUCUACCAACAAAAGAAUUAUAUCGUCUUAAUAUCCAAGCAUCCGAUGGCUCCUACCGUGAAUUAGUUGGCAAGCUCAUUAACCCCGGAACUGCCAAAGAGGAACUAAUUUGGUUUGUUGUGCACGAGUACACAAAGGAAGGAUUAAUUUACACUGCUUCCUCAAUUAUCGAUAAAAAUGGUUUGCAACCAAAGGAGUUACAGAUACUCGCUGGAAUAUCACAUAAACUUCUUCAAAACCUAUCUGGUUAAGCCAUAAUAAUUAUAUAUUUAAUGAAGUGAUUAAA